AAAAAAAAAAAGUGAAGAAGAAGACGGCUAUGUUUGCUGGUGACACCUUUCCGACGCCGCGAUUCUUCUGAGCUCGUUCUCUCACUCUCUCUCUAAGACGCCGUUCUCUUUCAUCGGUUCAAUCUUUACCAAGAUUCGUCAAACAAGAUGGAUCAGGGGCUAUUGAAUGGUGGGAAUCCAGACUUGCCGCAGCUUCAGGCUCUUAUGCAUAGCAUUGAAUUCGCUUGCAGUUCUAUCCAGAUGCAUGUUAAUCCGAGAGCAGCUGAGGCAACCCUUUUAUCUCUUUAUCAGUCAUCUCGACCAUACAAAGCAUGUCAAUUCAUUCUUGAGAAUUCCCAGGUUGCCAAUGCAAGAUUUCAGGCUGCUGCAGCUAUUCGAGAAGCGGCUAUCAGGGAAUGGGUCUUUCUAUCUGAUGAUGAGAAGAAAAGUUUAAUUAGUUUCUGCUUAUGCUAUGUUAUGCAACAUGCUUCUUCUCCUGAGGGAUAUGUGUUAGCUAAAACUUCUUCAGUGGCUGCUCAACUUAUGAAGAGGGGCUGGCUUGAAUUUUCAGCUGCUGAGAAGGAGACGUUUUUGUAUCAGGUACAGCAGGCCAUUACUGGAAGCCAUGGCCUGGAUGUGAAGUACCGAGGAAUCAAUUUCUUGGAAUGUUUGAUAUCGGAGUUCUCACCAUCUACUUCAACAGCGAUGGGCCUUCCCAGAGAGUUUCACGACCAAUGUCAGGCUUCAUUGGAGCGUAACUAUUUGAAGACUUUUUAUUCUUGGGCACAAGAUGCUGGUCUAAGUGUCUCAGACAAAAUUAUUCAUUCUGAAUCAGCUGUACCUGAGGUCAAUGCAUGCUCUGCAGCUUUGCUUCUUAUGGUUCAAAUCCUGAAUUGGGACUUCCGUUCCAAUUCAAGUGCUGAUGGUGCUAAAAAACAAUUUGCUAGUGCCUUUCAAACGGCUAGAUCUGACAAUUCCUCUCCUAAGAGGUCAGAGUGUGUCAUAGUGCAGCCUGGUCCUUCUUGGUGUGAUGUUCUGCUAACAAGUGGACACGUUGAAUGGCUUUUGAGCUUGUACAACGCUCUGCGACAGAAGUUCUCACAUGCUGAUUAUUGGAUGGACUGUCCUAUUGCAGUUUCUGCUCGAAAGCUUAUUGUACAAUUAUGCUCCUUGACCGGAACCAUUUUUACACCUGAAAGUGGGCAUAUGCAAGAGCAACACCUUUUGCGACUUCUCUCUGGAACUUUAGCAUGGAUUGAUCCUCCCGAAAUCAUUUCAAAAGAGAUUGAAUGUGGAAGAAGUGAAAGUGAGAUGCUUGACGGUUGUCGUGCACUCUUGGCCAUAGCAACUGUAACAACACCCUUGGUAUUUGACCAGCUCUUGAAAUCUACGAGACCAUUUGGCACAGUUACAUUCUUGGCUGUAUUGAUGUGUGAAGUCACCAAAGCCAUCAUGACCAAUUAUACUGAUGAGGAGAGAUGGUGUUGGGUAGCAAGAGACAUCUUACUUGAUACGUGGACUGCAGUUCUUGUGCCAACGGAUGCUAAUCGACAGAAUGUUUUUCUUUCACAAGAAGGAAUUGUUGCUGCUGCUAAUCUGUUUUCAUUAAUUGUUGAAUCUGAACUAAAGGUGGCUUCUUUAACUGCUUUUGGUGAUGACGAUGAAAAUGAAUACCGUCAGGCUUCUGUGUCUGCCAUGGAUGAAAGGUUAACCUCAUAUGCUCUUAUCGGGAGAGCAGCUAUUGAUUUUACUGUACCAUUACUCACAAGAUUGUUCUCCGAGCUUAUUGCCAAGCUUCAUCAGGGAAGAGGAAUAUGUGACCCAACUGAAACUUUAGAAGAACUUUACACGCUGUUAUUGGUAAUUGGUCAUGUGCUUUCUGAUGAUGGAGAAGGCGAAACACCCUUGGUCCCAAAGGCUAUCCAGGUUUAUUCAACGGGGACAGUUGAAAUAGAAAAACAUCCUGUUAAUGAGCUUUCCAGCCUGAUUAUAAGAUUUGCUGAGCAGAGUUUGGAUGCAGAACUGAGGGCAUCAUUUUUCAGCCCUCGUCUAAUGGAGGCAAUAAUAUGGUUCCUUGCAAGAUGGUCUCAAACUUAUCUUUUUCCGCCUAUUAGAGAAAACCAUCAAUUGGAUGGAUCAAAUAAAUCCUGGUUUAGUUUUUUCUUUGGUGACCAAGGUAAACUUGUGCUCAACGUUGUCUUAAGCAUCUCCAAGACAACAUUCAUAUCGUAUCCAGGGGAGAAGGAAUUGCAGGCUCUUACUUGUUACCAGCUUCUUCAUGGAUUGGUUAGAAGAAGAGAUGUUUGUGUACAACUUGUUACCUUAGAAUCAUGGAAUGACAUAGCAUAUGCAUUUGCAAAUGAAAAAUCAUUGUUUUCAUUAAAUGCUGCUCACCAGCGUUCACUGGCUCAGUCUCUUGUCCUUUCGGCUUCUGGAAUGAAAAGUUUAGAAGCAUCAAAUCAGUUUGUGAGACACCUUAUGGGUCCUUUAACGGGUUAUCUACUGGAGAUGUCCGGAAAAAAUGAUAUCAGGAAUGUUGCUCAUCAACCAGACGUUAUUCUAUAUGUAAGUUGCUUAUUUGAGCGGUUUCGUGGAGCUGCCAGCGCCUCUGAACCUCGCACGCAAAAGGCAAUAUAUGAAAUGGGCUUUGCUAUUAUGAGUCCUGUUCUGACAUUUCUUGAAAUUUACAAACAUGAGUUUGCAGUUGUCUACAUGUUGCUUAAAUUUGUUGUUGAUUGGGUUGAGGGACAAAUUAUCUACCUUGAAACUGAAGAAACUGCAGCUGUUGUAAACUUUUGUAUGUGUUUGCUCCAAAUAUACUCUUCUCACAAUAUUGGCAAGAUUUCCCUUAGUCUUUCAAGCACUUUGCUCAGUGAAGCUAACACUGAGAAAUAUAAGGAUUUACGAGCUCUUUUGCAGCUGCUUACACAUCUCUGUUCGAAGGACCUGGUUGACUUCUCUUCAGAGUCGAUUGAUGCACAGGGUAUAAACAUUUCUAAGGUGGUUUAUUUGGGUCUUCAUAUAGUCACACCUCUUAUUUCUUUGGACCUUCUGAAAUACCCUAAGCUCUGUCACGAUUACUUCUCACUAUUAUCCCAUAUGUUGGAGGUAUAUCCUGAAAUGGUUGCACAGUUAAAUAAUGAAUCCUUCUCAAAUGUUCUUGGAACUCUUGACUUCAGUCUUCACCAUCAGGACUUAGAAGUUGUUCACACGUGUCUAAGUUCUCUGAAGGCCCUCGCUUCAUAUCAUUACAAGGAGACAGCUGAUGGUAAAGUUGGUUUAGGGUCACAUGCGACAGGCCAUACUGACCGUGAUGGAAAAUUGCAGGAAGGCAUCUUGAGUAGAUUCCUCCGCUCACUUUUACAAUUCCUCCUAUAUGAGGAUUACAGCAUUGAUCUAAUAAGUUCAGCUGCUGAUGCUCUUCUUCCAUUGAUCCUAUGUGAACAAGGCCUCUACCAGAGGUUGGCACAUGAGUUAACAGAAAGACAGACAAAUCUGAUGUUCAAGUCUCGAUUGACAAAUGCAUUGCAAUCUCUAACGAGCUCGAAUAACCUCUCUACCAAGCUUGAUCGUCCAAAUUACCAGAAAUUCAGGAAGAAUUUGCAUAAUUUUCUCAUUGAAGUCCGUGGAUUUUUGCGGACAAUGUGAUGCAAACACAAACACUAUUUUUUUCUAACAGGUCUAUCCAGCUUUCAUAGAAACUCUUGUGCUUAAUCAUGAUAUCAUAAUAGCUUUUCUUGAGCUCAAAGAGGAGGAUGGGAUCCACAGGAGAUGAAAGUUAAAUGAUCAAAUGUAGCAUCAAAGUUUCUUAUGAUAAACUUGUGACAAAAGGGGAUGAAAGCUUUACAUUUUGGUCCGGAUUUUUUAAUAAUGGUCAACAUGUUGUAUAUUCCAGAGUUUUGGGCCAAAAGUGAUGUAUGCCUAAGUUUAGGGCAAUCAUUUUGUUGCUCCAUUUUUUAAUUCAUUUGGUAAUAGGUACUAUGCUUUCAAGUUAGGGUUUGUUAUUCAUUUUUAAAAAUCAUAAUUCUUUGGAGAUAGGCCUUGUGCUAGGUGCAAGUAUUGAUUUUGGUUGUAGUACAUGUACUAGAAAUAAAACAUUGUAUUUUGUUCAU